AUGCCUGACGUGAGGUGCUUGCAGGGGCUUGACAAGAUGUCGAUGCUCUUCCUCCUCUUACACCACGCCGAUGCUGCACGUCCUUCGAUGAUGUUUGUUGGGAUGGAAGAGGAGUGGAAGUACACUGAAGCUGUUCACGCCGGCAGCGGUGGCAGGCAUUGGUUCCCAUGCAAUGUGAUGUGCGGAUGUGGAUCAUCACCAGAUGAGAAUGCUGUGUACUUCCGCGACAUUUCGGAGCAGGUGGAUGGGGCAAGCUUCUUGGAUGGAGCUCAUUUCUACAACAAUGCGCAGCACUCACAGGAGCAUGCGACGAGUGCUGGGUCUAAGCACAAGCAAGGCGUUUUCGCCGCAAACAAGGAGAAAGCCACGCGUUGGUCGGGGAGCUUCUUGGAGAACGCUCGUCUCUACAGCCACCUCAGUGGUGGGCAAUUGCAAAGCCGAUCAAUGCGGAAGGCCAGGCUGACCAUCGGUUGGUUCAUGUGGCGAAUCUGGUACAUUCUUUUCUAUGGCGCUUUGAUUUUUCUGUCUAUAUUCGUCGUGGGCCUCUGCCUCGACAAAAACUGCAAGGAUUAUGGCCCAUGCGCCUUAUGCUGCGCUGGCUGUGGCGUGUGUGUGCUCGUCUGUGUGGGCAUGUUCAUCUUUUCGGGACUCAUGCUCUUUGGACGAUAUGUUUCAGGCAAGUGCGAGUGCGACUGUACCUGA